AUGGCCUCGGCCUUGCGGGCGGAGGACCGCGCGAUCGAGGCCGUGAAGGCCGAGGAGGGGGCCGCGCUGGGGCCCGGCGCGUAUGACGGGUCCGGCGGCGGUCUGGGCGGCGUCGCGUCGCCGCCGCUGCUGCUGCCCUCCGACCCGUCGCCCCAUGGCGGCGCUGGCGGGCUCUUUGUGCAGCAGGUGUUCGGGCAGUACGGCGGCGGCGCGCCCGACGCCCACGCGCCGCGCCCGGCGGAUCUCGACCCACAGCACGCGGCGGCGCUGGCCCUCCAGCAGCACCAGCAGCAGGAGCAGCAGCAGGAGCAGCAACAGCAGCAGCAGCUGCAGCAGUCGCUCUACGACGCCUCCGCCGCCGCGCUGCUGGCGGCGGCCCCCGUCGGCAUACCCCAGUUCGGGGUCACGCUGCCCAUGCAGUCUAGUAGCGGCCCCGGCGGCGCCGGCGACGACGAGCUCAUGGGCGAGGCCGCCGGGUCCGAUUCUGGCGGCGCGGCCAGCAGCGGCGGCGCGCCGGCCUACGCGCGCGAUCAGCAGCCCGGCGGCGGGCGGCCGGGGGCGAAGGGCAAGAAGUGA